AUGACGGGCCGCGCGAGGCGGACCUCGCGAUCGCAGAUCGUUGCCGCAGCCCUUCCCUGGCUAGUAGCGGCGGUCGUCGCCAGUCUCCUGCCACGUGUCGUGCAGCCCGUGACUCUCGCCGACUCCCAAGGUCAGGUGCAUGGGAGGGCGUGGGGAGAGGGGCCAGAGUGGGGAGAGGGGCCAGAGUGGCCGCUGUGGGCGGGUAGUCCCUUCCCAUGGGGUGCGCGGGCCGGUGAUGCUUUGGCUUGGAUGCUUGGCGGCCUGAGCCGGAAACUGAACUCUUGCAUUGACGUCCAUCCCCUCUUCCUCUCCUCCCCCCUCUCCCUCCCCCUCCCCCUCUCUCCUCCCAAGUCCCGAAUUCCCGCUGUCCACUGCACCUCGCCUCCCUCACUGCGCGCUCGUGCCUGCGCACACGUAUAUCCCUCACUGCGCGCUGUGGCGGCGCUGAAGGAGUUGGCGGCGCUGAAGGAGUGUGCGGUGGAGUGGGGGAUGAGCGUCAAUGCAGCGUCAAGGUGGGCGCGGGGCAUGGAGUGCGCGCCGGCACAGGGCAUCACAUGCGACAGUGACGGCAUGGUGACGGCGCUGGGCCUCAACGGCCGCUUGCCUGUUGCCCUCUCCGCCCUCUCGCGCCUUCAAUCCCUGUCAGUUGCCCCACCUCCUCUCCCUGUCAGCCGUCUCCAAUCACUGCCAGUCAGUUACUGUCAGCCUCGCCUCCUCUCCCUCUCAGUCGCCUCCUCUCCCCUCAUUCGCCUCCACUCACUGUUUGUCGCCCUGCAACCCCCCUUCACCCAACCCACCUCGCUCUCCACUCCACCCAUCACCCUCCACCAGUCACUCACUCCGUUGCCUCCUCACUCUCAUGCUCUCUCACCUCCCAAUACCACCACCACACCCCCCCCUCCCCACCCGUCCCCCGUCCCACCCCCUCCCACCUCGUCCUCUUGUGCACUCCUCCACCCGUCACCACUCAACCCGUCACCACUCUCCACUU